UGCAAAAUGCUCAUUUUGAAGGGUUGGCUUCCCAAACAAUGACCUAAAGAUAUUAUUCCUAAAUCAAUUUUUUUUUGACAAUAAUUAUUCCUAAAUCAAUUUUGUUGGUUUGUAAUAGUUUCACAUUAACACUCCACUCUCCCCAUCUUCAUAUAGAUUAGAGAUUAGAGAUAUCUUUCAUUUUCUUCUUCUUCUUCUUCUUCUUCUUCUUCUUCAUCCAACAAACAAUAAUGUCUCAUACUUCAUCUCUUACCUUCAACUCCCCUCUUCUUUCUCCAGCCCCAUCUUCUUCUUCUCACUCUCCUAAUCUUUCUCUUCCCUCUCACUCUUUUCUCUCCGGGAAAUUGAGGAAAUCUGUCGAAUUUAGAAAGACUACCCGAAAAUCUUCAGUGAAAGCUGUGUAUGGUGAUGAUUCUUGGGUACCUAAGAGGAGUUCGCGUCAGGGUAUUUGGUCCAUAAGGGAGGAUUUGGAAGUCCCUUCUUCCCCUUAUUUCCCUAUCUAUGCACGAGGACAAGGGCCGCCCCCCAUGGUGAUGGAGCGGUUCCAGAGUGUUAUAAGUCAGCUUUUCCAAUAUAGAAUAAUCCGUUGUGGUGGACCAGUUGAUGAUGAUAUGGCAAAUAUCAUAGUUUCUCAGCUCCUUUAUCUUGACGCUGUUGAUCCAAAAAAGGAUAUUGUCAUGUAUAUAAAUUCUCCAGGAGGAUCGGUUACAGCUGGUAUGGCAAUAUUUGAUACAAUGAAGCAUAUCAGACCCGAUGUAUCCACUGUUUGUGUUGGAUUGGCGGCUAGUAUGGGAGCUUUUCUGCUUAGCGGUGGGACGAAAGGAAAAAGAUUCAGCUUGCCAAAUUCAAGGAUAAUGAUUCAUCAACCGCUUGGUGGUUUCCAAGGACCACAAACUGACAUAGAAAUCCAGACAAAUGAGAUGUUGCAUCACAAAGCAAACCUGAAUGGAUAUCUGGCCUACCACACUGGGCAAACUUACGAGAAGAUCACGCAGGAUACAGACCGUGAUUAUUUCAUGAGUGCAAAAGAAGCCAAAGACUAUGGACUCAUUGAUGGUGUUAUUAUGAAUCCUCUCAAAGCUCUUCAGCCUUUGCCAGCUGCGGAAGAGGGUAAAGAUCGGGCUAUUGUUUGACUGCUGUACUCUAAUUUUCAAAGUAUAAAAAACAAGAAUAUUGUUUUUGGUUUCUUCGUCUAGCUGAAUUUUUCACAGAUUGUUGUUGAUAUCUGUAUAAGGAUGUACCAAGAAAUUAGGCCAAAAUGAUACUUAGGUAAUGUAUUGGCUCAGAGUUUAUACUGUUAUUAAAAGCUUCCUUAGAUGA